AUUUGUUGAAGUUAUUGAAGAUCUGAAGCAAAAAGAAAAGUUGGGUUUGAAUAUGGAUGACCUUUUUGCCCAAAAUGUCCAAAAAAAGGAAGUAUGAUGAAAAUUAUGUAAAAUAUGGAUUCUGCUGCAUGAAGGAAUCGGACGGUGUUGAAAAGCCACAAUGCUUUCUGUGUGGAAAAGUUUUGGCAAACGCCAGUAUGAAACCGGCAAAAUUGAUAGAGCAUCUCAAAUCUCUUCAUCCUGAAAAUGCAUCUAAAGAUCUAGAAUUUUUUACAAAGAAGAAAGCCCAGUUUUCGAAAUCUGGAACAUUAACCAAACUUGGAUUUGGUAUUUCACAAAAACCUUUGGUUGAGGCAUCUUUCAGAGUUGCAUAUCGUAUUGCCAAAAGUAAGAAACCGCAUACUAUUGGAGAGACAUUAAUUAAGCCAUGUGCGCUGGAAAUGGUUGAAUUAGUUUGUGGACUGGAACAGAGAAAAAAAACUUGAGGCUAUUCCAUUGUCCAAGGAUGUGAUACAUUCAAGAAUAGUUGAAAUUUCUUGCAAUAUCUUGAAACAGAUCAUCGAUGAAUUGAAAGCAUCGCCAUUUCCCUUUAGUAUGCAACUGGAUGAAACUACAGACAUCUCGAAUUGUAGUCAACUUCUUGUUUUUGUUCGUUACGUGUCUGCUGAUACUAUCAAAGAAGAAUUCUUAUUUUGUGAGCCUCUUUUGCAAACUACAAAGGCAGUUGAUGUUUUAGCGAUUUUAAAUGUUUUCUUUUCCAAACACGACUUCGACUGGAAACAAAAACUUCAUUCACUUUGUACGGAUGGAGCACCUGCGAUGCUUGGCAAUAAAUCUGGUUUUGCCCAUUUGGUAAAAAAAAGAGGCUCCUAAUGUUAUUGUUACACAUUGUUUUUUACAUAGACAUGCACUGGCUACAAAAACUCUUCCAACCAGCUUAAAAGAAGUAUUGUCAAUAGUUAUUAAAACUGUGAAUUUUAUUAGAAGUAGAGCUCUUAA